UCAUCUGCUCUUUGGAAGAGGAGGAUGGAGUGAGCCACAGCAGGUGCCGAACAGGACGUUGUAUGGGCGUGGGGUUUAGGAUCUUUGACAUGAAUCUUUGCAGCCAAGUUGAAGAAUGCAAAUGGAUGUGAAGGGAAAGAUGAAUGUGAAGAGAUCUAGGUAUAACCGGGAGGUAAAGGGGUUGUUCCCUGUUAAAAUACACAGACAUUUCCCCGGAAUGGUAUCUCCCAACAUGCAGACCAAGAGAAAACAACUUCUGUAAUGUAUUCAUAAUUCACACUGGGAUUACCCAUGGUUUUCUGGGCUGUAAGGUCUUAGUUUUUCCUGGCCUUGUUACUUUAUUGUAAGGUCUCUGCUUGGGCUUUCUCUUCGCAACUCUGUCCAUGCAUGGCUGUUAGACAUGUGACACAUUUUAAAGGAAACUUGAGCUCUCGGGAAAGUUGCCAAGUAUCUAUAAAAGGAGAUAUCUGAGAGCAGCAUUGCAGAUUCUUUCCUUGUAAACCUUGGGUGUCCUUUUUUUUAUUCAUAAGCCUACAUCAUCAUAGAGAUUGUUUUUGGAUUAGACCAACCUUUAAUUAGGUUGAUGGAUUUAUCCCUGAGUUUUCAUCUUAGAUGAAGGGGUGGAUGAGAGAGCUUCCUGCAGGAGACCAGAGCUGGAAGUUAGGUCUUGAGGUAACCAUGGCGUUUGGAAAUGCCGACUCUUGACCUUCAAGCUGUUCAGGUAUUUCAGUGACAGCUAAGCUGCUAGGGCUGUCAGCGAGGCUCAGCAGGGGAGGGGAUUUGCAGGCAUUUAUUAUUCUGUUGAGUAUCUCACACAUAUUGUUGGGAGCUGAGGUUGCAAAGAUUAAAAAAAAAAAAACUGUUGAGGUUGAAGAGACAAAUAAUUAGAGUCUAAUGUUAGAAGUGCAAAAAUAGAAGCAGGAGCCAAGUGCUGUGGAGCACUUGCUAGAAUUUUAUCUUAUACCUGUUUAUAUAAGCCUCUGUGUUUAUGUUCACUUUCCAUGAUAAGUUUUAGUACGUACUGUUCUCUCUGGGAACCUUUGGACACUGUGUUACCUGUUACUUAUUAAGAGGCCCAGUCAGGGUCGAUUCUGACAGCUUGGGGAGCUUAAGUGGGAGUCCUUUUCGUGCAGAGUCAGGCUCAUGAGGAUCUGAGAUGUUUGUAGGUGAUGGUAGCAGUUUCCAGUCUGUGCCAGGAAGCAGAGAUGGCACAGUGGGUAAGAGCAUGGGCAACCCAGAUGAAAGAGUCCUAGUGAACUCACUGCCAGCCCAGAAAACAUGGAGAGGAAAGCCCCGUCCAGAGAGAGCCCCAGAAGACUCUCGGCCAAACUAGGCAAAGGCACGGAGAUGAAAAAAGUGGCUCGUCAGCUCGGCAUGGCAGCGGCCGAGUCAGACAAGGACUCUGGAUUUUCAGAUGGGAGUUCGGAGUGUCUGAGCUCGGCGGAGCAAAUGGAGUCCGAGGACAUGCUGAGCGCCUUAGGCUGGAGCCGGGAAGACCGGCCAAGACUGAACUCCAAGGCUGCGAGCAGUGCCUUCCCCACUCUGUCCCCCAUGGUCGUCAUGAAGAACGUGCUGGUCAAACAGGGCAGCAGCUCAUCCCAGCUCCAGUCAUGGACCGUCCAGCCCUCCUUCGAAGUGAUCUCGGCACAGCCACAGCUCCUGUUCCUUCACCCGCCUGUGCCAUCGCCUGUCAGCCGAUGUCACGCUGGCGAGAAAAGGUCCGACUCCAAAAACUACUUGCCCAUUCUGAAUUCUUACACCAAAAUAGCCCCACACCCAGGCAAAAGGGGCCUCUCCCUCAGCCCAAAAGAGAAAGAUCGUGGAACGCAGAAGAAAAUCUGUACUGAGAGACCUGGGCUGAGCCUGCCCGCCAGUGAGCCCACCAAGACAGGUGCUGUGUCAUCCAGUCCCCCGACUGCAGCACCCCCCAGUGCCAAGCUGGUGGAGGACUCAGCUCUGCAGGGUGUGCCCUCCCUCGUGGCAGGCGGAAGUCCACAGACUCUUCAGCCCGUGUCCAGCAGCCAUGUGGCUAAAGCUCCCAGCUUGACCUUUGCUUCCCCUGCCAGUCCUGUCUGCGCAUCAGACAGCACUCUGCAUGGGGUAGAGAGCACCUCCCCCCUGUCACCACUGUCAGCUAAUUAUAGCUCACCUCUGUGGGCCGCAGAGCACCUCUGCCGCAGCCCAGAUCUCUUCUCAGAGCAGCUGCCCAGCAAACACAGGCGCUUUCAGAACACCCUGGUAGUCCUGCACAAGUCCGGCUUGCUGGAGAUCACUUUGAAAACCAAGGAGCUGAUUCGUCAGAACCAGGCAACACAGGUGGAGCUAGACCAGCUAAAGGAGCAGACCCAGCUGUUUAUAGAGGCCGCCAAGAGCAGGGCUCCUCAGGCGUGGGCCAGGCUGCAGGCAUCGCUAACCCUGGGGGCUAGUCAUGCUGGCGGUGACCUAGAAGCAUUCUCUGAUCACCCAGACAUAUAGCACAGAAGGCAGACUUUCCUGUUACUUGAAUGGUUCUUUUUAACUCUCUUGCUGUUAUCUUACUCCUGUUUCCCAAAGCUUAUGUAAGGUCUUUUCCUUCUACUCUUAAACUGUUCAACAGUUCACUUAUGAAGCCUCAUGCCAGUCCCUGGCUGCUGUCUUAACCUGUGAUCUGUGCCCAGUUUACAUAUGCCUCUGUUCCACUGAGGACCUCAGAUUCGGGGUGUCCAUGAGUCCCUUUUCCUUAGCCUGCAGGUGCUUAGGUGGGUCACGGGGCAAAGCAGAAGAGAGGAGUGUGUGGAGCUCUAGCUGUCACCUCCCACCGUCCCAGUCACUAACCCUGAUCACCUCCCACUGUCCCACUCACUAACUGAUCAGAGGUGCAGUGACAUGGAUGAGCGUACUGAAUGACACCUGUCAAGCCAGGGAGUAGGUGACAAGGAUCCCUUUCCAGAUCUUCCCUUGAAUAUCUUAGAGAAAAAUAAGAGGAGGUGUGGUUGCAUUCCUUAAGGCAUCAUGCCAUUUGGCCAAAACCUAAAAUGCUUUGGGCACAGGCUGGGCCUUGGGUGCAAACACUUAAUGACUUAAAGCUUUGUUUUUUUAAACUUGAAAGUCAAGGGAAAAGGGUGGUACCAUUUAACUCUGACACUUUCAUCACAAACCAGGUUUCUCUUCACUUUAACUGGUAGGCAAAAUAACUUCAGCUUUUUAAAGUAUGGAACGGAUGCGGUACCAUCUGGAGUUACAGUUGAUGAAUUGCUUUUCUGAGUUAGAGUCUGAAGAAACACAUGGUCAGUAUCCCUUGGUCAGGAGCUGGAAGAUUCCAGUAAUUUGUGCUUUUUUUCUUUCUACUUUUGAAACAAUGCAACCUGUUUUAUGUGUGAAAAUCUUUUUUUUUUUUUUUUUUUUUUUUUU